AUGGCUGGUGAGCUCCAAUUCCGCACCGCAACCGUCGACGAUGCGGAGGAGCUCCGACAGCUCAUAGAGGCUGCCUUUCGCGCAGAGGACUCGAGGGAUGGCUGGGUCGACGAUCUGGGCCUGGGAUCUGGAUUCCGCCUGGAGCUCGACGUCGUUCUGGGCAUCAUCAAUGAUUCAGAUAGCGCCAUGCAAAUGGCCUUUGACGACAACGGCACACUCCUGGGUACUGUGACCGUCGCGCAGAGGGAGCAGGGGCGCGGCAUGAUUUUCCAUCUCGCCAUCCAGCAGCAACAUCAGCAAGGUGGCCUUGGACGGAAGAUCCUUGCCUACGCGGAGGACUACGGUCAGCAGCGCUGGGGCAUCACGAGGGUUGGGCUCAACGCAUUAUCGACCCGGACAUUGCUGAUCUCGUGGUACAUGCGCCGUGGGUACGUGAAGACGGGGGAGACGACCCCGUUUCCACGUGACAAGAUCCCAGAUUCCGUCACACCGGACGCUCUGUACUUUGUCGAGUUGGAGAAGAUUGUGGGCCUAGAGUCAUAA